AUGACUUCUUCAGGAUGGGAGGGUCCACCACCUCCUCGGGGCUGUGAAGUAUUUGUAGGAAAGAUUCCUCGUGACAUGUAUGAAGAUGAACUAGUUCCUGUAUUUGAAAGAGCUGGAAGAAUAUAUGAGUUUAGAUUGAUGAUGGAGUUUAGUGGUGAGAAUCGCGGUUAUGCAUUUGUUAUGUAUACCACAAAAGAAGAAGCCCAGUUAGCGAUCAAACUUUUAAAUAAUUAUGAAAUUCGUCCUGGAAAAUGUAUUGGUGUCUGUGUAAGUCUUGAUAACUGCAGGCUGUUCAUUGGAGCUAUUCCAAGAGAGAAGAAGAAAGAUGAAAUUUUGCAAGAAAUGAAACAAGUGACUGAAGGGGUUGUGGAUGUCAUAGUUUAUCCAAGUGCCACAGACAAGACUAAGAACCGUGGUUUUGCAUUUGUUGAAUAUGAAUCACACAGAGCUGCUGCUAUGGCAAGAAGAAAACUGAUUCCAGGUACCUUUCAACUGUGGUCUAACACCAUUCAAGUUGAUUGGGCAGAUCCAGAAAAAGAAGUUGAUGAAGAAACCAUGCAGAAGGUUAAAGUGCUUUAUGUGCGAAACUUGAUGAUAUCUACUACAGAGGAAACAAUUAAGACAGAAUUUAACAAAUUUAAACCUGGAGCAGUUGAGCGUGUAAAGAAGUUGAGAGAUUAUGCAUUUGUACAUUUCAUCAACAGAGAAGAUGCAAUUGCUGCAAUGUCCUUUAUGAAUGGGAAAUGUAUUGAUGGAGCAAAUAUAGAGGUCACAUUAGCUAAGCCAGUUAACAAAGAUAGUGCUGGCAAAUAUCACCAGAAUGGACAAAUGAAUUCUAGUUCAGAAAAUCUUAUCAUGCUUGGCAAAAAAGACGAAAUUCAUCAGAAACCUUCUGGAAAAUCACACAGUGUUUCUGCUAGUAUCAAUGGCCACCUAAGUCCAUGUUCUUUAGAAUCUGAAAGAUGCUCAUAUCCUUUUUUCCCAGGAACAAAACUUACACCAAUUAGCAUGUAUUCUUUAACUCCAGGCCAUUUUCAAUGUGCAGUAACACAUUUAGAUUAUUACUGUAACAAAAACAACUGGUCACCACCAGAGUAUUAUCUGUACUCCACAAGAAGUCAAGAUGGAAAAAUACUUCUGGUGUACAAGGUUGUCAUACCAUCAAUUGCAAAUACUUCUCAUAGCUAUUUUAUGCCAGACAAACUGUGCACAACCUUGGAAGAUGCAAAGGAGUUGGCUGCACAGAAUGUGUUGCUAAGUUUAGACUACAGUUUUCGUCACAGCAAUUCAGCAAAUAGCCUGCCUUCUGUUGGAGCGGCACUUUCUUCUACUGCUUCCAGCUUACUACAGUGCACAUCAAGACCAUACUCUUAUCCAACAUACUCUUUAGCACCAGCAUUGUCUUUGGCUAAUGGUAGCCACAUUGGACAGCACUUGUACAUCCCCAGUCAGGCCUCUUUCUACUAAUUACUUAUAUGUAUAAAAUAUAAUUAAAAGUUUUUAUAAUUAUUAUGGAUUUCAGUUUAGUAACAUAAAAGGUAUUUAUUACAUUAACAACUUUUAUUGUGCUAGUUGUUACUUAUUAAUUUUUCUGUGUUGCAGAGUGUGUCACUUGCUAUAUUGUUUCUGAUUUUGUUUGUCAUGUAGAAUACUUUGUAAAAGGAAGAAAAAAAGGCUUCUUGUAAUGCCAUGUAUCAUGCAGCUGAUUCAUUGUUCAUUGUGCUUAAAGAAAUGGUACUCUGCUCAGAACAAACAGGAGAGUUUAAAAGUAGCUGGAUAUUGCCUUUUGUAUAAUUCUUUCUUAUGUUUAACUUUAAAAACAUCAUAUUUUUUAUUCAUUGUUAGUUGUUUGCUUUGUGGAACCAUACUGUUCCUGAUAGGUGAUGUAUGUUGUGUUUCAGCUCUUCUUUGCACCAUAGUGUUCGCUGUCUGGCUUUGAGACCAUACAGAGUGGCACAACACAACAGACAGAGGAGGGCUGGGUAGGGAACGAGGAAAUGCGGGUGCCAUUUUCUCAUGCAGUAUGAGGAGCUAUUGGAUUUGCACUCCAGAGUGGCUGACAGGCACUCAGUAGGUAAUAUAUUCAUGUCGGUCUGCCAGCCACACUCAUACAUGUGGACAGCUUGCUUAUGGACAGUUGUUGGAAAAAAAGAAGUUGAUACUUGGAAUGAACCUACAGAAGGUGUUUUUUUCAAGGAUCCUACCACACACACACACACACACACACACACACACACACACACUGGAUUCCAGUGCAAGUACAUGUACCUGAAUAUAUAUAUAUGUGUGUGUGUG